GACGCGACGAAAUGGCGGUGCCUCCGCUUAUAAGGUUCGACGGAUUCCCCGCUCGCUUCGCCUUUGCCCUCCGUUUCUUGUCACUCUCCGACUCCCCAAGUCGGACGCGGAGGAGAGUAGGAGACUCUUUCUCUGACGGUUGAUCGCUGUUCUCGUUUGUAACCGUCUGUUCUUCGAGUUCCAUCUUCAUCCAACGCGCCGGUUCUCGGUUUGUACUUGGAAGACAUGAUAACACAAUCAAGUUUUACCAUACCAGCACCGGCUGUAUGUCUGCCUGCAUUUUCUCGAUCUCAGAGACUGCUAGAGGAAAACAGACUCCAUAUUAGCAGAUAUGGUCAAUGGCAUUCUAUCUCGUUUGCUCGUCAGAUUCCCUCUUCUGCAAGGCUAUUUGCUGCUAGUUUGAAUGCAAGAUGUUCCGCAACUCAAACCGAAAGUCAAACUGUGAGAAGUAAAUCAGCAACCAUUACGGGCACUCCCACCAAGGAAUCACGGAAGCUGCCAAAACUUGACGAUGGGAACACAGGGUUCCCCCCACGGAGUGGUGGCGGCGACGGUGGCGGAGGUGGUGGUGGUGGAAGUUCUUCUGGUGGAUUUUUCUUGUUUGCCUUCCUCGUAUUUUUGGAUUACUUGAAGGAGCUAGAAGGAGAUGAAUCUUUACCAGGAUAGUUGGAGAUUGUGGUCGUCAUCUUAAGUACUUAAUAAAUAUAGUCUUCUGUCAUCAUGUGCCUUUACUGAAACAUGGGUUGCGUGGUCAGUGAGAUUUACAUGCAGCAAAUAUUUCAGAGAGACUGUGUGGAACCGCUGGCCUCAUUCAAUGCAUCUGUUGAACAGUGAUUGCCUAACUUAGAAUUAUCAUCUAGACCUCUUGCUCCA